ACUCACCUGUCAAGAACUGACAUUUCAAAGAUGUUUCCGACGUUUGAAAUUACAGAUUUCUCGAUUUUGUUUAGAUGAUGUUUGCUACUCAAUCUCAUUUAUAGUAUCACGUAUAGAAUAAUUAAAAUUUGUUUUAACGGCACUGUUAUAUCGCUCAAUAAGUAUACUUGUGAAUUUGAGUGGAACGAAUAAUCUCACUAGAUCAACUGCUGUUAUAGGUUCUUUUUUAAAUGAACGGAGAGAAGAGAAAUGCUCGUGGAAGAGGACGCGGUCGUGGUCGCGGACGAGGAAGAGGCAGAGGCCGCGGAAGAGGGAAAAAAGUUCCCAAAGUUAUGUCGUCAGAUGAAGAAGAAUGUUCCGUAGAAGAAACCAGUCAAGAACAAGAUGAACCUCCGCCGGAAGAAACUAAAGAAGAACCAGAACAACCAGCAGAACCUGUUAAAUUGGAGGUACCUUCUGAUAUAUCUCAAUUAGAAGCUCCAGUAUUCACAACACUUCAGAGAGGUCCCCCAGAACCGAUGCUGCGGUUGGAUUGGAGCCACCGAGCCACACUUAUAGGGGAAAAAGUUCUUAAUCCCAUGAUAUAUUGCUGUGAUACUUGCUCAAAACCUAUACUAAUCUAUGGAAGAAUGAUACCUUGUAAACAUGUGUUCUGCCUGACCUGUGCAAGAGCUGAUAACACACAUUGUCCCAGAUGCCGAGAGAAGGUGUUAAGAGUGGAACAGACCGGAUUGGGUACAGUAUUCAUGUGCACACAUUCAGGCACAAGAUACGGUAACACAGGCUGCAGAAGAACUUAUCUGUCUCAGCGUGAUCUCCAAGCACACAUCAAUCACCGUCAUGUCGGUGACAAGAACGACCCAGAACCUUCACCGCAUCCUGCGCUUGCUGUGGUUAAGCCACUUCCGGCGGUGGUGGGGGGCGGGAGCAGCGCUGACCCUCGCCACCCUCAACACGCUCAUGAACGGCGACCACGCACCAACCUCAUCACUGUACCGAUACACGAGGACUCCCACUCAUACUACAACUACUACCAGUCACAGCCGGUUCCUCCGCCCGCUAUGCCCACGGUGGGCAGUGUGGGAAACGUCGGUCCUCCCGUGAGCAACGUAGGUGUCGGUCUGGGGGGCGUCAUGUCCGUGCCGCCGCCCUACUACGCCGCGCCCUACGCACCACAAACUGCGCCGCCGGCUACAUACGUUGGAGGAGCGCCGAUGACAACCAACGUGGCGGGCGUGUCGCCAAUGCCGGCGAUGUCCACGGACAAUCGCUGGCCGGAAGGAUAUCCGCCAGUGCAGUGGCCCAACACCCACCAUUAUUACAGGUAGCCAUUGUAUGAUGGCUACUAGCCACAGUGGUCUAGUGGCCCGACGCACACCACUAUUGAAGACAAUAUAUACAUCAGUGACAGCCAAUAUGAUUAUGUGUCCGAGAGCACGCCAUACUAUUUCUAAUAACUUAAAUACAGGCCAUUAAUAUAAGACAAUUUGUUGCUUGAGAAAGCUUCUCACAUUUUUUAUAUGAAAAAAAUAUUAACCGUCUCAAAAGAAGCGUACAUUCGAUGGAUCACUAAUGACUAUUUUAUGAAAAAAUUUUGUGUAUUUUUAUAUGAUUAAGAAAUAAUUUCAACUAUUCGUGUAUAUGAAAUGCACUGAGACUAAGAACAGUGAUUAUGUGAAAUAAAAAUGGUGAAGUGAAAAUAUUAUAGUGUACACAGAGUAAAGUAUGUAAAUAAAAUUAAUAUACAUCCACUUGUAUGGGACGUGUUAGAUAGCAUUCGUAUAUGAAUAUGUUACUGUAAAAGUUCGAACUGCGGUUAACCCUAAGAUUUACCAAAUCUUAAUAGUAAAUGUCCGAAAGAGGUAUCAGUUUAGGUUAGGUUUAUUGAAAUUAUAAUUAAGAAUUCUUUAUUGUUUUAUUCCUAAAACCAACAUUACCAGCUGACAGCAGUAAAAGUUAGCAUAUACUGAAUUCUAAAGGUCCAAAAACUCAAAAAAAUCGUCCUUUUUUCAACAUUUACCAAAUCAUUUCGGUCAAUACAAAAAUUUACUGGAUAAUCUUAGGAUUUACCGCACUUAGAACUUAAAGUAACAAAUAUAAGUUACUUUAAUACACAUCUCAUCUCACUUUGACCAUAAAUAAUGAUAUACGGACACACUAUAAAAAAAAUACUUAAUUAC